UCUGUGAUUGUGCGUGUACAUAUUAUUUUGUAUUAGCUUUGAGUUUUUGAUAACGUGUAUAAAUCCUAUAUCAAUUAACAUUUUAACAAUAUAAGAUAUCUAUUCUAUUAUUUCUAUUGUAUGCCGAAUGCCGAUAGCGAUGUGCUGAUUUCCCUUACUUAUUAUUUUCUUAAUUAUCUAUUCUUUUAACCAUGUCUGUAGACAGCGUUAAGUAACUACUUGGACACUGACAACUUAUAACCGACUUCUGAGUCACUACUCACUAUUCAUUAUUCAGUAGUCGCUAUUCGUUGCCUGGCGCAGCCAUUUUUAAUUACCGAAUUGAAAAUCGAAUUAUAUUAAUAUUCCAUUGAUUUUUAUGCCUUCAAUAAAAUGACGUCAAUAAUAAAGUUUUAUACUUUGUCGGGUGCGCAUGAUGAAUCGCCACCCUGCUAUUUAUUACAAAUCGAUGAGUUUAAAUUCUUGUUGGAUUGUGGAUGGGAUGAAAAUUUUAACAUGGGUGUUGUGAAUAAGUUAAAAAGGUAUAUUCAUCAAAUAGAUGCGGUUUUAUUAUCUCAUCCAGACCGUUUUCAUCUUGGAAUUUUACCGUACCUCGUUGGAAAAUGUGGUUUAAACUGCCCUGUCUAUGCUACCAUACCUGUUUACCAAAUGGGCCAAAUGUUUAUGUAUGAUUUACAUCAAUCUUUAUGCAAUGUAGAAGAUUUUAAUCUAUUUAACUUAGAUGAUAUAGAUGCUGCUUUUGAUAAAGUCAUACAAGUGAAAUAUAAUCAAAUUGUUUCAUUAAAAGGUAAAGGAAUUGGUUUAAGAAUAGUAGCAUUGCCUGCUGGCCAUAUGGUUGGUGGUACAAUUUGGAGAAUAUCUAAGGUCGGAGAAGAGGAUAUUGUGUAUGCUGUAGAUUUUAAUCAUAAAAAAGAAAGACAUUUGAAUGGCAGUGACUUGGAAAGACUUGGAAGACCGUCAUUAUUAAUAUUGGAUUGUUUUAAUGCUGCUUAUUCGCAGCCCAGGCGUAGAUCUCGUGAUGAAGCUUUAAUGACUUGUAUAUUGACAACACUUCGUGUCAAAGGUAAUGUUUUAUUAGCAAUUGAUACAGCAGGACGUGUUUUAGAACUAAUGCAUAUGCUGGACCAAUUAUGGCAUAAUAAAGAAUCUGGUCUUGCUGUAUACUCAUUAGUAUUUUUAACUAAUGUUAGCUACAAUACAGUGGAAUUCGCAAAGUCUCAAAUUGAGUGGAUGAGUGAUAAGUUAAUGAAAAGUUUUGAAGGUGCGAGGAAUAAUCCAUUUUUUUUCAAGCAUGUAAAAUUAUGUCAUAACAUGAAUGAUUUUAACAAAGUCUCCGAACCAAAAGUUGUAUUAGCUAGCAAUGGAGAUCUUGAAAGUGGAUUUUCAAGAGAAAUUUUUAUUAUGUGGGCUUCAAAACCAAAAAACAGUAUUAUUCUUGCAGAUAGAACUGCUCCAGGUACAUUAGCCCGCGAUUUAAUUGAUGAAGGGGGUGAUAGAAAUAUUAAAUUGAUAAUUAAGAAACGCGUACCAUUAGACGAAAAUGAGUUGGAAGAAUAUAAUUACAAACAUAAUGCAGAAAAAACGGAAGCCAGUAAAAUUGAUCCAGAAAGUUCUGAUUCUGAAGAAGAACAAGAGGCUAUGAGAGGCAUGCAUGAUUUACUAGUAGAUGCUGAUUUAUCAAGCUCCAAAAAAUCUUCAAAAAAAGAAUUGCCGCCUAUGUUUCCUUAUUAUGAAGAAAAAUUUAAAUUUGAUCCAUAUGGUGAAAUAAUAAAACAAGACAAUUUUAUUAAAUUUGAAACAACCUCAGGAGAUGAACUAAGUGCAAGCGAACAAAAUCAAAUAAGUGACGAAGGCGAAGAAGCAGAUUUAUAUGAUCUUCCAUCAAAGUGUGUGGAGUAUGAGCAGACCAUUUAUGUGGCAGCAAAAAUUGUACAUAUUGAUUUUGAAGGUCGCUCAGACGGAGAGUCAAUAAAACAAAUUAUACUUGCAUUAAAACCUAGACGUUUAAUAUUAGUAAGAGGCAACCCAUAUAGUACUAAAGUUGUUUACAACUUUGCUAAAGUAUUUAUAGAUAGUAAAGUUUUUACACCUAGAAUUGGACAAUGCUUGAACGUAACAACAGAAUCUCAUAUUUACCAAGUACGUUUAACAGAUGCACUUCUUUCCACGAUUAAUUUAAAAAAAGGACCAAAUGGUGAUUUAGCUUACUUGAAUGCUAAGUUAAAAUUAAUAAAUUGUGAUCAUGCUAUGAAAAUUGACAAUGUUGUACCUGAAAAGACACAAAGAAUAGAUGAUCAAAUGUUUACACUAGAACCUUUAGCAGAUCAUGAAAUUCGUCCUCGCAAAACUGUAUUUAUUAAUCGAUUAAAACUAUCAGAUUUUAAACAAAUUUUAUCCAAACAUAAUAUACCUUGUGAACUUUCCAAAGGUGUUCUGUGGUGCUGUAAUCGUACAGUUUGUGUUCGUAGAAAUUCUUCUGGAAAAGUUUUGAUGGAAGGAAUUAUUAGUCGUCAAUACUAUUACAUACGUAGUUUAUUAUACAACCAGUUUAUUAUAAUUUAACAUAACUCUCACAAUUAAUGCUGAAAUUAGUAUUAUGAAUAUAAUAUUGUACUUCUUAAUAUUAUUUAUUCUUAUUUGAUUAAUAUUUAAAUUUACUAUGUAUUUAUUUUUAUGUAUAUCUUGUUACUUUUUUUAAAUUCUAUGUUUAUUUUAUUCAUAAUUGAGCUAUUUUUUAGAAUGGUCUAAUGUUUGUAUAGUUUAUAAAUAUAAAUACACAUAAUAUAAUAA